AUGACUCACCUCCUGACCACCACCUCACCUCAGCAGAGCAGACAUCUUGGGACAACCCUAACUAGGGACCAGGGUAGCAGACGACAAAACGAUCACGAGGUCACAGAGCUGGAUCCAGAUAUUGUGAGGAGCUUUCUGUUGUCACACAGCCAACCCCAGGGUAACACAGAGAAACUUGAUGACAUCACAUUAUUGGUUGAUCUCUUUAUGGAACUUCUUCAGUGUUCCCCAUUGCCAGUAGAGCACAACCACCUGUGGCUACAACUCCUGUAUGUCCUCAUCUUAGAUGAUAACAACCUCUUGCUCUUCAUCAAGAAGAAAGUUGCUGCCACAGUCUUGGGCACCAUGGCUGUUCACAGGCCACAUGUUUCAAUUCAAGAGAUUGGCUGCUCCAUACUUUAUCCAUUGGCACACUUUAAUCAAAUUCCUGGAUUAAAGGCUCCUAUCCGUGAGAGUGGAAUACAGGUCAUCCUUCAGUCCAUGGAGAAGCAUAGAAAAAGUGAAAACCUGAUGAUCAAAGCCCUACAAGUUCUUGCCAAUGUAGCAUGCACAAUGUCAGGCUACAGCAGCUGGGCUAUACAUCAAGGUAGGUUCGAAAUCUUAUGGAGUUUCAUUUGA